CCGACUUGUAUUUUCGCGUCGGUACAAUUUUUAGCAAGUCUAACUGAUGUGCUUUCAUGCAAGGUUCCACGUUGAUUUAUUUGUUUUCUACCUGUAUGUCCAUCCGCAUGUCUCCACUUCACUUUGACGACUUGAAUAUUAUCUUUUAUACGUUGUACAUGCAACUAAAGGGAUUUGGACUGAUAUUGCAUUAUUUCUGCGGUUGUUUGAAACAUUGUGUGUAUUUUAGAAAAAGAAAAUAAUUUCCGACAUAUGAUUAUUAUUGUGAAAUGGAUUAUAUUUGACAGGCUUUUGAAAUAUUUUGCUGAACUUUGGGCCCAAAGCGACAGUUAUUAACUCGGUUGUAGUACCAGCUGAAUUGACGUCUAGCGACUUGCACUUUAAAACGUCAUUUUAAUAGGGUUAUUGAAUUCAGUUUAGCCCAUCAAUAAGCAUCUGAGUUACUUACAUUCAUAUUCAUUUUGCAGAUAUCAUUUCUUUCUUCAAAGUAUAGCCAUAGGACUUUAACAUAUAAUAUCAUUAAUGUUUCUACUGCGAAGGUAAGCAUUUUCUAAACAUUUUCUAAAUAAAUAGACUGUCACAUUUUUUACUAUAUAUUGCUACAUUUGACUUGAACUAUCAUUAUAACACAAUGAUUUUUGUAGUGAUAAAAAUUAAAUUUUGUUUUACUGUAGUCGGACAUAGGUCAACACUUUCUACGUGCUGCACGUGCUGGUAAUAUUCAAAAGGUUUUAUUACUUCUCAAUGAACACAAUGCAGAUGUACAUGGAUGUAAUGCAAACGGCUUAAAUGCUCUACACUUAGCAUCAAAAGAAGGGCAUGCAACUGUGGUACGUGAACUUAUUGAUCGUGGAGCAAAACCGAACACUGCUACAAGAAAAGGCAAUACAGCCUUGCAUAUUGCAAGUUUAGCUGGUCAAUUUGAAGUGGUCAAAUUACUAUUAGAAGCUGGAGCUGACGUAAAUGUUCAGGCUCAGAAUGGUUUUACUCCUCUAUAUAUGGCUGCUCAAGAGAAUCACUUGGAAGUGGUGCGUCUUCUUUUAGCCAAUGGUGCUAAUCCCGGUCUGACAACUGAUGAUGGUUUCACUCCACUUGCUGUAGCUUUGCAACAAGGUCAUGAUCGUGUUGUUGCACUUUUAUUGGAAAGUGAUUCUCGUGGUAAAAUAUGUCUGCCAGCCUUACAUAUUGCAUCAAAAAAGGAUGAUAUUAAAGCAGCUAAUUUAUUACUGAACAGUGAUGUGAAUGUAGACCACCAGUCAGCCAGUGGAUUCACUCCACUGCAUAUUGCUGCUCAUUAUGGUAAUGUCAAUAUGACGGAUCUUCUUAUUUCACGUGGUGCGAAUAUUAAUUUUCAAGCUAAAAAUAACAUUACACCCUUGCAUGUAGCAUCGAAAUGGGGUAAUCAAGGUGUAGCUGAACGUUUAAUUACAGCCGGUGCAGAACUUGACUGUCGUACACGUGAUGGUUUAACACCCUUACACUGUGCUGCUAGAUCUGGACAUGAUACAGUUGUCCAACUAUUAUUAAGCGCGGGAGCUAAUUUAUCUGCUAAAACGAGGAGUGGUUUAAAUUCUUUACAUAUGGCAGCUCAAGGUGAUCAUGUGGAUGCUGCUCGUUUACUUUUACAACACGGUGCACAAGUGGAUGAUCCAACUAUUGAUUAUUUGACUGCAUUACAUGUGGCUGCACAUUGUGGUAAUGUACGUGUAGCGAAAUUAUUACUUGAACGUGGAUGUGAUGUAAAUGCAAGAGCACUGAACGGAUUUACACCAUUGCAUAUUGCAUGUCAAAAGAAUCGGAUUAAAAUUGUAGAGCUUCUAAUUAAACACAAUUGUUUAGUUCAAGCUACAACAGAGUCUGGUCUAACUCCACUUCACGUCUCUUGUUUUAUGGGGCAUUUAAAUAUUGUGGUUCUGUUAUUACAACAUGGUGCUAAUCCAAACGCUCCAACUGUACGCUGUGAAACUAGUUUACACUUAGCUACUCGUGCAGGACAAACUGAUGUAGCUCGUCUGCUUUUACGCAACGGUGCUCAAGUCGAUGUUAAGGCUAGGGGCAAUCAGACACCACUUCAUAUAGCUUCACGUAUUGGAAAUAUUGAAUUAGUUACCUUGCUUUUAGAACAUGCUGCUAGUGUACAGUCUACAACCAAAGACACCUAUACACCCUUACAUUUAGCUGCAAAAGGCAAUCAUAAAGAAAUAUGCGAAUUACUGUUGAAAAAUGGAGCAGAAUUGGAGGUCGCAACAAAGUCUGGAUUUACUCCACUGCAUUUAGCUGUAAAGCAUUCGCAUUUAGAAACAGCUAAAUAUCUCCUUUUAUCUGGUGCUGAUAUGAAUGCAAUCGGGCGUAAUGGCUUAACACCUCUUCAUUUAGCCACACAUUAUGGAUCACUGCUUAUGGUUGAAUUAUUACUAGAGUAUAAGGCAUCUCCAGUUUCUCAAGCUAAGAAUGGUUUUAUUCCAUUGCACAUCGCAGCAGAGAAGCAUUUAGUAGAUAUUGCUAAAUUGUUAAUUGAAGCUACUGGUGAUGAUAAUAGCAAGAAUAAUGACUCUGGUUGUUGUGAUGUACAGUCCCGUAAUGGUUUUACACCUUUACACUUAGCCUGUCAAGAUGGGAAUGAAAAAAUGACCAAAUUAUUGAUAGAUUCUCGGGCCAAAGUGAACGCUUUAGCUAAAAAUGGGCUUACUGCAAUGCAUUUAGCAGCUCAAGAAGAUAGUGUUAAAGCUGCAGAAUUACUCUUUGCUGCUGGUUCUGAACUGGAUGUUAAAACAAAAGCUGGAUAUACUCCUUUGCAUACAGCUUGUCAUUUUGGCCAAGUUAAUAUGGUUCGAUUUCUUCUAGGCAAGGGUGCUGAUGUUAAUGCUGUUACAUGCAUGGGAUCGAACGCUUUACAUCUAGCUGCACAACAAGGUCACUCAACAGUUAUAUAUGUUUUGCUAGAAAGUGGGGCUAAUCCAAAUAUGCGUAACAAGUAUGGUUGGACACCAGCUCAUGUUGCUCGUCAUCAGCAUUAUUUAAAUAUAUUCGAGGCAUUACGUCAAGUGACAACUUGUGUAGAAUCAUGGGAGCAUGAAAAUACUGAUGAACUGCCAAUCAGCACAGAAUUGAAUUCAUCUAUAUCUUCUGGUCCGGAGCAUACUUUAUCUAUAGGUAGACAACAGAAUGCCUCAGUGAAUCGACUUGGUCUUGAGCAUCCAGAUAUGAUGAGAGAUAAUCCGAUUACAGAUACAGAGGAAGAAUGUGUGGAACCUGAUUUCACGCUUAUGCCAUCUUCACCUUUAUUUUCACGUGCACAAAGUAGACAGAGUAUUGGUCAACAAUUACAAUAUUUACAACAUCAUCAUCAACAAGCACCUCCACAAAGUCAGAACAACUUUGAUUAUAAGCCUUCAGAUGAGCAACACUAUGGACAUCGAGGUGUUUUAAAUCAUGUGAAAAUAGCUCCAGAUAAAUUAUCUAAUGUUUCAGGUGAAGAUAGUAUUCAUGAAGGCACAGCAGCUGAAAAUGCUCAUGGAGUCACAUGGCGUGAUCCACAAUUUGGUUAUGGAACUCGAGAAAUAGGAUUGUCGGAAACUCGAAUCAGUCGAGAUUAUGCUGAACUUGGGAUGGCAGGUGCAUCAAGUUUGGCUGGAUUUUCUGGACUGAUUGAAUGGGACUUCACUCCAGAUAAUGUACCCAUUCCCAGAAGACCAAUAGCUUCAGGAUUUCUUGUCUCAUUUCUGGUGGAUGCACGUGGUGGGUCUAUGCGUGGUAGCCGCCAUCCAGGUCUUCGAAUUUUGGUUCCACCUAGCGCAGCUAGUGCACCAACGCGCAUUACUUGUCGUAUGUUACGCCCAGAACGUACAGCUCGACCACCUCAGCUGAAUGAUUGUGAAGGAUUGGCUUGCCGUAUCAUUGAGUUAGGACCACAUCCAUGUCGAUUCAAUUCACCAGUUCUUUUAGAAAUUCCACAUUUUGCUUCAUUACGUGGUCGUCAACGUGAAUUGGUUGUAUUGCGUAGUGAUAAUGCUGAAAUAUGGCGUGAACAUUCAUUGGAAGCUACUGAUCAAGCUGUUCAAUCUGCUGUGGGCCAAAGUUUUGCAGAUGGUUUAGAAACAAUGGAGGAACUUCGAGAAAAGCGUAUCAUUCGCAUACUGACCAAUGACUUUCCACAGUAUUUGGCAGUUGUUAGCAGACUCCGUCAAGAAUCUUGUCCCACAAGUACAAGCUGUGUUCCCAGAAGGUGCGCUUCAAAAAGAAUACGUGUUGGCUUACAGGCUCAACCAAUUGCACCAGAAUUAGUUACACGUCUGUUAGGCAAUCGUGUUGCAGUUUCUCCAAUUGUGACAUUAGAACCACGUCGUCGUAAAUUUCAUAAACCAAUCACUUUAACAAUUCCACUACCAAAAGCUGCUGUCCGAGGUAUGCUUAAUCCAACAGUUGGGGAUUUAAAAUCUCAAAAUGUACCAAGUUUAAGACUACUAUGCAGUAUUACUGGGGGUACAGCACCAGCCCAGUGGGAAGAUAUUACCGGAUCUACACCAUUGUCUAAAGUGAAAGAUUGUGUCUCAUUCACUACAACUGUUUCAGCAAGAUUUUGGCUUAUGGAUUGCCCUGCAGUGCAUGAGGCUGCAGAGCUGGCUAGUAGAUUGUACGCUGAAGCCACAUUAGUUCCGUACAUGGGUAAAUUCGUUGUGUUUACCAAACGCCUGGACACAGAUGAAGCUUUGGUUCGAUGUUUUUGUGUAACAGACGAUAAAGUGGACAAGACUCUAGAAUGCCAAGAAGGCUUUGAAGUAUGCGCGGCUUCACCGGAAGUUGAAGUUAUUGAAAGCAGACCAGCUUGGCUUGAAGCAGCAGGCAAUUUGUUACCUGUCGCAAAGCUAGGUGAACAGUUACGUUUGCAUUUCAAUGCCUUUCGAGAAAACAGACUUGCUUUUCCGGUACGUGUAAAAGAUGUUCAGCAAGAGGCUAUAGGCAAACUGGCAUUUAUGCGUGAACCAAGGCAACCUAUUCGCGAUGGAGAUGGUGACUCACAGUAUAUCUAUCAUGAAAUUGCUCCUACUCAGAAACCGCUGUGUACACUAGAAGUUCGACUGAGUUCAGACAGUGGUGCUGGUGAUCAACAAGGCGUUGACUUAUCAUUAAUUGGAUUAGAAAAUCAUCCUGAAUUCUUAGAUCAGUUGAAUGCAACUAGCGCAGCUGAAGUGACAAUGGGUUCCCUGAGUUGUGUAUUUCCCUAUCGUAAGCGUACAAAUGACCAAGGUUAUGGGGAACAAAAUGGUGAAUCUGAUAAACCGAUAUCUAAUUGGCCUUCAACGUAUACAUCGGAUGUUAUUGCUCGUAGUCGAAUUGAUCUGAUUCAAGUAGCAAGUGAAGUUGGUUCAGAUUGGCCUAAACUAAUUGAAGUUCUUGUACCUCAAUCGAAUUUAAAAAGUUCAUGUACUGUCAAUCAAUUAGUGAAUUGGAUUAAUGAGAGUGAACCUAAAUGGCAAGUGGAAAGAAAUAAGAGAGCAAUGGAAUUAGGUGGAACAAUAGAAGCUAGUGAUGUCGCCGGUAGUUUUGGUGGUCCAAUCAGUGUGAAUGAAUUACGAACAGUACAAGAUCAAGCUUUAGCUGUUCUAUUGGCUUGGCGUGAAGAAUAUGGAGAAAUGGCUACAGGUAAUGAAUUAGAUUAUGCACUUCGUCAAAUCGGUCGUGAAGAUGUCACCAAAUCAUGUAUGCAUGAUAUUCGAUAUGUACUUGAUGCUGAUGAACAUGCUAAGGCUACUCGUCAAAUAGACGAACGUAAAGGUUCAGAUCCUAUGAAUCCUGCUAUGUCCGAUCCUUUCUCAACAUCUUUAGCGGCUACAACAACUUUAAUGUCUGGUAUGGAGGAUAUCUCAGCUCAGUCAUACGUUGAAAAUGAUCAAGUUGUUAAUAGUUUCGGUCAAAAAGGUGUAGUUAAAAGUCCAGGUAUAACAGUGUCUCCAUUACCUGAUGAAUCUGAAAUAAUAACACAGGGUCAUGUGGCUUCAGAUAGUCAAAUUCCAGGAAAAUCUGGAGAAAUCAGUGGUUAUAGUGAAGAAGAGAUACUUCCUACUGGCCAAGUUCAGGCGGAAUUCGAAGAGGAUAAUGAAGAAUUUUGGCAACAAACAGGUGUAGAACCAGCUAGUUCAACUAGCCAGCAUGGCGGUGAUCCGUUGUUGGUUCAGAAACAUGAUGAAUUAGUUGCACGUGAAGAAGCAGAUAUUAUUCGUGACAGUGAAUCAAUGACAACUAGCUCGGAACUGAUUGCUCCUGGAAUACAAGAUUCUCAGCAAGAAAUAUAUGAAACAGAUGAAAAAAUCGCCGGUACCUUGAGGUCAGAAGGUGAGAUUGAAGAUGAGAACCAUGAUGAACAGUCAGAUAUUCCUGAUUAUUACAAAGAACCUGAAAUAUCAUCUUCACAAACCCAACAACAGUAUACCAGCUUCCCAAUGGAAGACGAAACAGCAAGACAGGCAGCAAACGACAACGGAAAUAUGCAUCCUUCAAUGGAACAUUGUUGGGAUCAAGAAGCCGAUUUAUCAGAUGAUGCAUUACAUCAUGAAACGGAGAAAACUGCAGAAACAGAUAUUCAGCGUCCAGUUGAAGAACCUGAAAUAUCAUCUUCACAAACCCAACAACAGUAUACCAGCUUCCCAAUGGAAGACGAAACAGCAAGACAGGCAGCAAACGACAACGGAAAUAUGCAUCCUUCAAUGGAACAUUGUUGGGAUCAAGAAGCCGAUUUAUCAGAUGAUGCAUUACAUCAUGAAACGGAGAAAACUGCAGAAACAGAUAUUCAGCGUCCAGUUGAAGAUCAGAGUAGUUCAGUCCCGGUCCCAGAUCAUCCCUCUAUGGUUUCAGAGCUUGCUAAUGAUCCCUUACCAAGCGAAUCAGUAGUUAAUCCAUCUGAAUAUGAGGCAAGUGAAGAUGGUGUACGACAUGCUCAUCAUGUUGGUCACUCUUCACCUGGAGUAGAAACUAGUCAAAAUCUUAUGGCAUACGAUGAACAUAGUGAAAACCUGGAAUCUCAGUCGGUUGUGCAAGACAAUUUUUUGGAACCUAUGGUGUCUUCAUCGAAUGCACAUCACGGUCUUGAACCAUUUUCAUCACAUACUACUGGUGAAGGUGGUACUACCGGUGAUAAUCAAACAUGAGAACUACACCUAUAACCGGUUUCUAGUGUUGCUUUUGUCAUUCAUCAAUGUUGUAAUCAUCCUAAUUAUUGAUUCAUUUCUUGGUGUUGGAAAAACCGACAACGGGUGACUUUUUUCAUUUCUUUCGCUUUGCCUUAUCUAGUCAGAUUGAAGUACUAUUCAUCGUCCAUGAUGAAUGCUUGCCUACAUUACACAUCUAUUCGCCUUUAUCCACCGCUCAUUCUACGAUUCACACGUAAACAUGCAUACCUAUGUGUUAGCACAUCACGAUACACAUGAAUAUCAAAUUAAGCAAAAUACAAUUAUGCCCGUUUCAAGUUUACUAUUUGUACUUUUUAGUUAUAACAUUUGAUUUACCUUCUUUGCUAUUAUUCUUAGUAUUGCUUAUACCAACACCAUUACUACUAUUUCUUGUUGUUUCUUCUCAUCAACUUGUUUGUUUCAAAGAAAAGAUACUUGAAGCAUCAUCGAAUAUGUAGGAAGGGUUCUUCUUUUCCCUUUUUUUUUGAGAAAAAAGGAAAGAAGAAAAGUUAAACCUUAUCUACAUGUUUACUAUUUUUGCUUUCGAUGUUAGUUAAUAGUAGUAUUUUUAGUGAAAAAGACAAUUAUGUAGUAGGGUGACUACUACUCACUGCGAUUUGCAACAUCAGCAUCAGUUUGCUAAUUCACUUACUAUUUCAUCAACAAGUUAAGAGAAUGUGUUAUUUUCCUCCUAUCUCUUACUUUAUGUUUAUGAGUAGUAUAGUUUCAGCGGAUUGAUUGACUAGUAGUUUCACACUUUAGACAAUGCUGUUAUUAUUGCUAGUUAAUAAUAAUGGCGACAAAUAUCCAAGCAUUUUUUGCCAUUCUUUAUCAUCGCUACUAUAAUAAUAAUAAUAAUAAUAAUAACAAUAAUAAUAAUAAUAAUAAUAAUAAUAAUAAUAAUAAUGAUUUCCAUGUGAUUGAUUUAUUUUACAUUAGUUACACAGUAGAUGAUCAUUAUCAUGACUGACUAUAAAGUACUUAUUAUUCAUGUUGUCAUUGUUAUGUGCGAUAGCUUCUUUUUAUGAUGACGUAAUCCCCUCUUUUCUUUUCGAUUUCUUCUUCGUUUUCUGAAUCAUUAUUAUGCACUAGUUUAUUUAAAUUGCUCUAUUCCAUUGAAAUGUACUUUUCACCUUGAAUUCAAUGCGAGAUUAUAAUGAAUAAUGAACACUGUCAAUGUUUCAAUGAGAUAAAGGAUAAAUUUUGUUUAA